AUGAACCCAGUUAGAACAAGUCUAUCUCCCGUCCAAACAAAGAACGGUGUUUAUAUCCUACGAGAAAAAGUCGAGAAGGGGCGACACCAUAGAUAUUCAGGAGCCGGGACUAUUUUCUAUUAUUCUCGGGCAAAAGGACGAUCGUGCCCAGGAGAAUGUUUAUUCGCAAAUGGGCCCUUAAAGGAAGAUAUCAUCAUUAAGAUUCUUUACGAUCGCUACAGCCCGGGAAUCACUUAUCAGUUCUACAUUCCUAGACAAAGCUUCAACAACACCAGGAACGACUCGAGGUCAGAUCCCGCCACCAACUUUUCAGGAUCGUCAAAAUUAGAAGACCGGCCUCAAAAUCAACAAUCUCACCGUCAGCCUGUAGUUGCCCGUAGGCCCCACGCAAACACGUUUCGCCGUAGACAUAGGAAUUUUCAUUACCGCCGCGGACAAAAAUUUAGAUAUCACCCAAAUCGUCCAAAUUUUAGAUCAACACCUGAAUUUUCGUCCUCUCACCCCGGGCGGUACGUAGGCCAACAUUUCAGAAGGCUGCCACAUAAAAAGAGCCAUGCAACACCUCAACAAAUACAACAACAACAUACAUUUAACACUAGACGGCAAGGGGCAGCUAGACCGAACAUUAUCCCGUCCAGAACUUUCAGAAGUAGGAAACCCUACCCACCGAUAAUAUCAUCUCGAAAAAUAAACCCACAAUUUCACUCGGCAGCAGGAAAUGAGCGCCACCCACCAGUGUUUUACCCGGGCCGAAAUCCAGUCCAUAAUCCAGUUUCUCAACCGACAAGGUUUGCUGGGGCAGCAAGUGGGCUUAGCAUCAGAAGACGCCCAGUACAUCUAGAAAAUACAGAUACCGCAAGGUCAUCUUAUUCAUACAUUACGAAUCAAGCUCAACCAUUAGAGAUUCCAAGCGAAGAACGUUUCGAGUCGUAUGAAUGGAAAAUCGCUGGUUUCACCGAUUGUUCAAGAACGUGUGGUGGUGGCUUCCAGCAGACUAAAAUUGUAUGUGUUAAGAUCAGAAGUCAGGUGACAGUCACAGCAGAGAAUUGUAAUCAUACGCAGGUCCCUGCUCAGCAAGAAGUUUCCUGCAACGCCGAUCCUUGUCCACCAUCUUGGGAGACAGGCAACUGGUCAGCUUGUAGUAUAACGUGUGGACCUGGAACUCAGAAGAGAACCAUCGAAUGCACACAGACAAUUUCCAGGGGAACAAAGUUGAAAGUUUCAGCAGAGCGGUGCGGUGAGGCGAACCGGCCGGCUAUUAUUCAACAAUGCCACAAUGAUCCGUGUGCCAAAUGGUUGGUUAAAAAUUGGAGCAAAUGCAAACCAGAAUGUGGACCAGGCAGCAUACGAAAGCGAAUAGUGAAAUGUGUCAGUGGUCACCUGAAUACGUCCAUCCCAGCGCGUUAUUGCCCGAAGCCAAGACCCCAACGGAUAGAACGCUGUGCACCUGAUCACUGCCCACCACGCUGGUUUCUCUCUGAUUGGUCGGGGCAAUGUUCCAAAUCUUGCGGCGAGGGAAUAACUACCCGGCAGAUUGUGUGCGCCACAGAGAACGGCAACACACUACCCCCAGAGCGAUGUGAUAAUAAUAAUAAACCUGAAAUAAGGAAGACUUGUGAAAAUGCAUAUCCAUGUGGAGGAGCUUGGUUCGUCGGAAAAUGGAGUCAGUGUUCAGCUGAGUGUGGCCAGGGACAGAGAACUAGAGAUGUUGCUUGUAUGAAAAAGUUUGCCAGUAACCUUUUACAUGUUGUUUCUGAUGAAAAUUGUCAAGGGGAAGAAAAGCCAUUAACACAAGAAGAAUGCACUGUGUCAACAUGUGGAGCCGAAUGGUUUACUACUGAAUGGAACACAUGUAGUGUCACCUGCGGAAAUGGCGUACAAACUCGAGAAAUAAAAUGUUUAGACAAAGAACUCAAACCAUCGGAGAGUUGUGGAGAAUCUACAAAGCCAAAUAAAAGUCGGAAUUGCCAAAACAUUUCAUGUAAAAAUAUGACAUCCAUUGUAGAUGAUUCGUGCUUUGAUCGCUAUGAGACGCAUAACUGUCGACUGGCCAUGCGAGCCAGGCUCUGUAAACAUGCUUUGUAUAUGGAGUUGUGUUGCGCAACUUGCUCAAGUGGCGAAGAGGAACAUCUUUAA